CCCCUGGCCUCUGUGGCUGAGAUGGAGCCUCUGUUCCCCACCUCCACACCGGCGGGCUGGAACACCUCCUCCGCGGCCAGCAGUGCAGGUGGUGAGAAUGGGACGAUGGCCGGGUCGGCGCCCUCACCGGGGGCCCGAGCGGUGGUGGUGCCUGUGCUGUACCUGCUGGUGUGCACGGUGGGGCUGGGCGGCAAUACGCUGGUUAUCUACGUGGUGCUGCGCCACGCCAAGAUGAAAACGGUGACCAAUAUCUACAUCCUCAACCUGGCGGUGGCCGACGUACUCCUCAUGCUGGGUCUGCCCUUCCUGGCCACGCAGAACGCCGUCUCCUACUGGCCCUUUGGCCCCGUGCUUUGCCGCCUGGUUAUGACGCUGGAUGGCAUCAACCAGUUCACCAGCAUCUUCUGCCUGACCGUCAUGAGUGUGGACCGCUACUUGGCCGUGGUCCACCCCAUCCGCUCCACACGGUGGCGGCGCCCACGGGUGGCCAAGCUGGCCAGCGCUGCGGUCUGGGCCUUCUCGCUGCUCAUGUCUCUGCCACUGGUGGUUUUCGCCGACAUCCAGGAGGGCUGGGACACCUGCAACCUCAGCUGGCCCGAGCCCGUGGGCCUGUGGGGCGCCAUCUUCAUCAUCUACACGUCCGUGCUGGGCUUCUUUGGGCCACUGCUGGUCAUCUGCCUGUGCUACCUGCUCAUCGUGGUGAAGGUAAAAGCAUCGGGUGUGCGCGUGGGCGCCACACGGCGGCGCUCAGAGCGCAAGGUGACGCGCAUGGUGGUGGUGGUGGUGCUGGUGUUCGUGGGCUGCUGGCUGCCCUUCUUCAUCAUCAACAUCGUCAACCUGGCCGUCGUCCUGCCUGAGGAGCCCGCCGCCGCUGGCACCUACUUCUUCGUCGUCAUCCUGUCCUACGCCAACAGCUGCGCCAACCCUGUGCUCUACGGCUUUCUCUCUGACAACUUCCGCCAGAGCUUCCGGAAGGUUCUGUGCUUCCGCAAGGGCUAUGGCACUGAGGACGUGGAUGCCACGGAGCCACGGGCCAACAAGAACAGCCGGCUACAGGAGGCCACGCUGGCCGCACGCAGCCCUGAGGCCAACGGGCUCAUGCAAACCAGCAGGUUGUGAGGGCUGCGAGCAGACGGCCCCUGGAGGCCCCUGCCUGGUCUGGAUUUCCUGCUGGGCAGAGCCCUGGGCCAAGCCCUCCCCUGAGAUGAGGGGUCCUACUGAGGUGCCCCCCAGCAGCCUGGAGGCUCUCCAUGGUGUGAGGGCAACUGUCUGGGGCAAGGCUGUGGGGAGUCCUGCAGUGACGGGCUGCCUGUUCUCAUGCAGGCCAGGGUUCUGGGGCCUUAGGGGGUGGGCGGGAGAGGCCCAGGGGUCCCAGGCAAUGGUCAGGACAUCUUGACUUGCCCCCAGCCUGUACCAGCCUCCCAGGCUAGGGGAGUGGCCGUUAGCAUGAGCUGGGUGACUGCCCACCCAGCCUCUACUUUCUCAUCACAUGUGCCCUUCCUCAGGUCAGCCCUGCUUCACCUGGUCAGCAUCAAGUGCUACUCUGUGAAAUUAAAGACGGUGACUAUGCUGGGCUCUGGCCAGUGCCCCACCCCCUCCACCUCUGCCUUCUAGGACCUGGAGUUGGCAGGUGUGAGGGAUGAAGCUGCAAACACCCCCAGGACAGCUAGGUGAUGGGUGCCAGAGGCGAUUCCUGGCCUGCCAGCCCAAACUUGCUGCUGCAUCUCCCUUCCUGCUGGCCCCUGGCGGGGAAGCAAGGGACAGGUGCCAUUUGUUCCACUGUGGGAGUGUGUGGGUAAGAAGGCAGCAAGCACACAGGGAGAGUGAGGGGCUGAGGUUAGAGGUGGAGAGUCG